AUGAAGGGGAGCCGCGCCCUCCUGCUCGCAGCCCUCAUCUGGCUCUGCACCUGCGGGCUGGCCACAGGGGAGGACACCAAUGAGAUAUUCAUGGACUUCCUGCAAACGCUGCUGGUGGGGUCCCCAGAGGAGCUCUAUGAAGGGCCCCUGGGCCAGUACAACGUCAAUGCAGAUGCCAAGGCAGCAAUGGCCGAACUCAAGUCCUGCAUAGAUGGCCUGCAGCCCAUGCACAAGGCGGAGCUCAUCAAGCUGCUGGUGCAAGUGCUGGGCAGUCAGGAUGGCUCCUAG